CCAGCUUCCCUCCUUCCAUCCCUCUCUCUCCGCUGACAGUAUAGCUAUCUAUCUUCCACUCACAUCGCAGUCUCUGUCAGUAUCCGCGGUAUGAGCGCUAUAGGCCUAAUGGCGCGAAGCAUGGUAUCUCUGCGUCCGAAAGGAAUCGUUUCAGCGCACCUGUGCUUGGCCGUGGUUAUCGCCUGGAUGUCAUUGAUGAGACCCGUGCUAUGUGACAGCGGCGUUUUACACCGGAGCGACGGGGAUCGUCUGCUUGACAGCCGCGGCGCUGUAGGCAUAGACGGGGUUGACGGAGUGUUCGGACCGGGCUUGGGUGAAAAUGAUGGGGACGCGGGCGACGUGGGAUCCCCGCGCUUCAGGAGAGCACUAUCCCAAGAGAAAGUGUCCCUGCUCAGCAGCUCGUUCGUGCUCAAAGGGGAUGCUACUCACAACCAGGCGAUGGUGCACUGGACUGGAGAGAACAGCAGCGUCAUCCUCAUCCUGACCAAGUACUACCACGGUGACUCCAGCAAGGUUCUGGAGAGCUCCCUCUGGAGGUCUAGUGACUAUGGCACCACCUACAGCAAGCUAAACCUGAUGCCUGGGACAACUAUCGUGGUCUCUAACUUCUAUAUCUGCCCCAUCAACAAGAAAAAGGUGAUCCUAGUGAGCUCGUCCAUUAACGAGCGUGACCAGAUGCUGUUCAUUAGUACAGACGAAGGCUCCUCGUUCCAGCGACAGCCCCUCUCCUUCACCGCGGAGACCCUCCUCUUCCACCCCAAGGAGGAGGACAAGGUGCUGGCUUACUGCAAGGAGGGAAAGCUGUAUGUGUCCACGGAUUUGGGCCGGAAGUGGACUCUAAUGCAGGAACGAGUGACCAAGGACAGGAUAUAUUGGUCUGUGGCUGGUGUAGAUGUGGACCCUGACUUGGUGCAUAUGGAGAUGCAGGACACAAGUGGAGGGUACCUGUACGUGACCUGUCUGAUCCAGAACUGCUCAGACAAGAUGGUGACGGCUCAGUUCCUGGGGAAGAUCGACCACAACUCUCUCUCAGUCCAAGACGACUACAUCUUUGUCAAGGUGACCACAGGAAACCGCACCAAGCACUACGUUUCAUACCGACGGAAUGAGUUUGUCCAGAUGAGGUUCCCUAAAUACGCCCUACCAAAGGACGUCCACAUAGUGAGUACGGACGAGAGCCAGGUGUUCCUGGCCCUGCAGGAGUGGUACCAGACAGACACCUACAACCUGUACCAGUCAGACCCGCAGGGCGUCUACUACUCCGUCGUGCUGGAGAACGUCCGCAGCGCCAAGCAGCCGGAGGAGAGCGCCCUUAUAGACAUACUGGAGGUCCGCGGGGUCAAAGGCGUCUUCUUGGCCAAUCAGAAGGUGGAUGGCAAAGUGACGACUCUCAUCACCUAUAACAAAGGCCGAGACUGGGAACCCCUUGCCCCGCCUACCACUGACAUGAACGGCAAGCCAGUCACCUGCCAAUCACCUGACUGUCACCUCCACCUCCACCUGCGCUGGGCUGACAACCCUUACGUAUCAGGGACCGUCCACACCAAAGACUCCGCCCCCGGACUCAUCAUGGGUGCAGGUAACCUGGGUUCCCAGCUGGUGGAGUAUAAAGAAGAGAUGUACAUCACCUCUGACUGUGGGAAGACUUGGAGACAGGUGUUUGAGGAAGAGCAUCACAUCCUGUACCUGGACCAUGGAGGGGUCAUUGUUGCCAUCAAAGACACCUCCAUCCCCCUCAAAAUACUCAAGUUCAGUAUCGAUGAGGGAAGGACGUGGAUCAUCCACAACUUCACCAGCACCUCGGUUUUCGUCGAUGGACUUCUGAGCGAACCGGGAGAUGAGACCCUGGUCAUGACGGUGUUUGGUCACAUCAGUUACCGGUCAGACUGGGAGCUUGUCAAGGUGGACUUCAGACAGUCAUUCCCCAGACAGUGUACUGAGGCCGACUACGACUCCUGGAAACUCACUGACCUGAAGGGAGAGAAGUGCAUCAUGGGUCAGGAGAGGAGUUUUAGGAAGAGGAAGGACACUGCAUUCUGCAUCAAGGGGAAGAGCUACACCUCCGCCCUCACUACCAAGACCUGCCAGUGCUCCGAGAAAGACUUCAACUGUGACUAUGGGUUUGAGCGUGCCCAGAGCCUGAAGACCGAGGGAGAUAGAUGCUUUGCUGACUUCUGGCAUGACCCAGACUCGCCACCUGACGACUGCCAUCUGGGACAUGACUUCGAGUCCAGCACGGGGUACAGGAAGGUUGUGUCCAACAUGUGUGAGGGGGGAGUGAACAAGCAGCAGAGCGCCAAGCAGCACACCUGUCCUCUGCUGCCUCCCAGAGGCCUCCAGCUGGGUAUAAAGGGGCAGAUACUGGCUGUGGCGCCUGGUGAUGACAUCACCUUCAUCGUCCACCAGGAACAGGGUGACACCAGCAACACUAAAUACCAGGUGGACCUGGGUGACGGGGUGAGGGCCAUCUACCAGAACCUGACAGUGACAGACGAGCCCAUCCAGCACCGCUACGAACAGCUGGGGGUCUACCGUGUCACUGUCAAGGCCGAGAACAUGGCCGGACACGACCAGGCCACCAUGUACAUCCAGGUCACAGCCCCUCUACAGGAAGUUCACCUGGAAGUAGUUCCCAUUGCCGGGGUUAACCAGGAAGUCAACCUGACAGCUGUGGUGCUUCCUUCAGAGGCCAACCUGACUGUCUUCUACUGGUGGAUAGGAGACAACCUACAGCCCAAGCUGUCCCUGGAGAAUAGUCUGAUAACGCGGUUCCCUGCGGAAGGAGAGGUGUCUGUCACUGUCCAGGCCUCUAAUGGACGCUCCAUGGUGCAGGACACCAAGACAGUCCGCAUCUACGACCUUUUCCAGGUCAUCCCUCUGGCCUUCAGCAGUAACCUGGACCUCCUCAACCCCAACAUUCCAGAGUGGAGGGAGGACGUGGGUCAAGUGGUCACCAGGAUUCUGGCCAAGAUCACAGGUGUCCCUCAGGAGUCCCUGGUAACCAUGGUGAAGCCGGGCCUGCCCACCACAGCCGAGCUGUACAUUCUCCCACCAGAGAGCAAGCCUGCUAAGAGGAGUGUAUUUGUGGAUAAGCGUAUCCCUGCCAUUAAGCAGGCCUUCAAUGAGAACAACGUUAGCUUCAUCGUACGAGGAGGUCUACAGGUGUUGGUGACCUUAGCUGACCCUAACGCAGGACUAGUAGCUAAUGACUCGUCCCCGAGAGCGACGGAGAUCGGUUCUCAGGGUGGAGUGGCAGGUCCAGGUGUCUGGGCUCUGGCUGUCAUCUUCCUCAUCAGCGUCAUCGCUACUGGAUCCUUCAUCCUCUACAAGUUCAAGAGAAUCAGUCAUCCUCUGAAGCAUUGCAUGACCACAGAUGAAAACAUAACUGCAUGUAUGAAGAUACAAAAGCUGCCUGGCCGAAAUGUGUAUGCCCAGAUGCACAACGAAAAGGAGCAGGAGAUGACCAGCCCUGUCAAUCACAGCGAGGACACGCAGCACAUCAUCCAGGGGGAGGAGUUUAUCGACGACGAUCUGGACUCGCAGACUCUAGGUAACGCAGGAGGUAGCCCCGCCUUCCGUUCCCUUAUAAGGACUAAUCCCUACUACUACUAACAGAACAGCCUGCUACUACUCACAAGCCCAUGCAGCUAACGCAAGGUAACCACUCGGGUGUGGUGCUGAGCAUCAACUCCAGAGAGCUGCACAGCUACCUGACCAGCUGAUGGCUGAACAAGGACACACUAACCAGCUAGCAAUGCUAAAGAGCUAGCCAUGCUAACGAGCACAGGGAACUCUACUCUGCCUUCCUUCUCUGUCUCUCUGUCUGACCAACCAAUCCACCACUCCCCUUACAGAGGAAGAGAAACCACCAUAGUACUACAGUCUAGCAGUACUCUCUCUCUCUCUCUCUCUCCUCUUCCUCUCCUUCUCUCCAUGGCCCCUCGCUCCCUUGUUACGGCUCUUGCCACUGGACCAGAGGGACACUUACUGUAUCCUCCGUUCUGCUUCUCCCUCAAUCCCUCUAUCCCUCCCUCCACUGCGUUACUGUAACAUCAGGGGUGUGGGCCAACUCUGCUUUUUACCCAGUGUUCUUUGCACCCAGUGUCCGUUGCACCCUGUGUCGUGUUUGCUCGGUGUGUUCUCAUUGGUUAAACCCCGCAGAGACUGAUUGGACGCCACCCAGUGAGGAUGGACAGUUCCGGUGACAUCACAGAGAGGAAGCCCCACCCACUGGCCUGCUAUUUAAAACGCUCUGUACUGUAAGACUCAUCUUUUCACUGACUAUUUUCACACACUAGGUAGUUCCCAGAUAUCAUAGUACACUAAGGAUAGCGGGGUACACAAUAUGACCAAAACAGAGCCAUGCAAUGACCAGGCCAUAGCUGUGAAAAGACAUCAUUCUCACACACAGUUUGGGUACUGUGGUUUAGUAGUGGAGAAAAGAGAGGUAAAGAUGUUAUUAAUAGCUUUGUUUACAACUCUGGGGGAUCCUACAAAAUGAAGAGAAGGUUUUUAGGAUAAUUUUUAUUUUUGUAUUUUUAAACAAUCCCAUAAUUUACAAUUGACGCCAUCUCUGUUUCUCUCUCUCACUUAAAUGCAAUAAUACUCCUGAGAAUGCAAUAAUACUCUUUCUCAGGAAAGAAUUAGAUGAAAUGCCCCCUUUAAAUCUGCAGGGUUGUUAUAUGAAGGAUAGGUUGUGGAAAGGGAGCAGUCUGAACCAAUAAUGUACAUAAACCCUGGAUUGCUGAUGCAAUGUAUUGGCCAUUGAGAGGCUUUGAAGCCACCGGUCGGCCAUAUUGGCACUCCCCAGUAGGAGCAGUCUUCCAUAGGAAUUAAUGGAAUUCUACAGUAUCUCAAUUAAAUGUUUCACAAGGCCAAAAUUACAUGUAUUUAAGUUUUUUUUUUUUUUGUAGAAGGGAAAGUAACAUUUAGGAACACAAAAAUAUAUAUACUUUAAGGGAAAUGUUUAUAUAUUUAUAUAUAUUUGAAUGUUUAGCUCACAUAAUAUAAUUUAAAAGUAUGCUUUAACGUGUCUGGAAUAAAAUACAUCUGACAAAAACAAAUGUAGACAUUAAUAAAUGCAUUUCUAUAGCUUCCAAAAUAUUUUUUUACACUGGUGGGGGAGUGCCAAGAUGGAGGCACAUUGGCGUCAACACAGCGCCCCAGAAUUAGUCAUCUAGUGUAUAUAUAAAUCAUUGGUCUGAACUGAGGCAAGGUUACGUUCCUGAAAAUAAUGCAAUUACCCAAAUAGGCACUAAGGGGUGGUGUUGCACUGUUUAUAAAUCCCAGAUACAGGUAUUUAAGAGUCGAGCUAACAUGAAGCAUGUGGGAAAAUCCUCAUUCAUUCACCAUUAUUUACAUACAGUCCUUGUUUAAACAGUCUCCAUUCGCCAUACAGCAAUGUAGAACAAUGCUCUAUAAUAAUGAAAUGUCAUUUUUAUGUUUUACGGUACUUGAUUACUAGGUGAGGUUAAAGGAGUGACACUUUGUAUGGUGUUUGAUAUUUUAGCAAAGCUACAGCAUGUCACGUCCCUGGUUAAAAGAAAAAGUAAUUGUUUGUCCCACCGUGCCUAAAAAGACGCAGACUCCUCUGCUCUAUGACCUUUCCUUUGCGUUUCCUCUACUUAUUUAUUUACUAAUAACAAUUUGACCACGCAGCCAAGUUAACCCCCGGGUCAGAGGUCAACGUGAGUUCAUUUCCCCAGAGACUAAGGUCGUCGUCAUGGAGAUAAAGGUGUGGCUGUCGUUAUAUGAGCCUAUAUUAGGCAGAGUUAGCAGUGGUAUGGUGGUAGGUCUCCUAUAUAAUUUGGUUUGUGUACAUAGAUGUUUAUAUGAAAAACCUCCCACUGUAUAUAGUCACUUGAGUGUGAGUAUUUUACACUAAUAUGAAAACACACACGUCUUUUUGGAUGCCCCCUUCACAGUAAAAUGACACAGGGAGCUUUCUCAUUACCCAUUGCUUGCUUCUCGUGUAUCAGCAUUAUUUCUGUGUAUAGCGAAGUAUCAUAGACUUUUAUAGGUAGGCUACUUUUUGUUGUAUCCAUUGUUUAACUGGAAAGGAUCUCUCACGAUCAAAUCUACACCCUGCACUUCUGCACUCGCGCUAUUGCAUUUGGGAUACAUUUUGUUUAAUUCCUGUAAAAACGUGAAGUAAAUCUUAGUCAGUAGCUUUCCUUCCCAUUGCAAAUUUCCCAAGACAUUUCAUUUACACCAACGAUGUAAGUCUUGAGGAGUGCAGUCCAGAGAGAAGUGUACCAAGAGUACUUCACAUAUUGGGGCCAUAUGAUGGGGUUGUCUUGAUUGAGGCAGAGUACGUCUUAGUGACAAAUGCUGAGAGUCAAUCUCAAGCUUCCCAGUGAGUCAGUUACAUUCAUGAUAAUGUAGGCCUGCCUGAUACGAACAGACAGUACACCACACUGGACUAUUCGAUUUGAUUCUCUGUUCUUCAUCUUUUGUACAUAUAUAUAUAUAUAUAUGCUCAUAUUUGGCUUGUUCUUAGUUUUCUAGUGACGUCUGUUAUUAUUUCCACCCCCCCCUUGUGGGGAUCAAGAGAAUCCAACAUAUUUCUGAAGGAGAUUCACUGUUGUUGACACAGACUAUGUGCGAUUGACCACAGUUGUAUUAAUAUUUUUGGGUUUGUUUGAUUUUUGGUCAAUUAAAAAUGUGUUGAAGUCCUCAACAGAAAGUGUAUCGCACUUAACCUGCAUUCUGGAAUAAAUCACUCCCCUAACUGUA